AUCAUCAAUGGCUCGUACCAAGCAAACCGCUCGCAAGUCCACCGGAGGCAAGGCACCAAGGAAGCAACUAGCGACCAAGGCCGCGAGAAAAUCAGCUCCGGCCACAGGAGGAGUGAAGAAGCCCCACAGGUUCCGCCCAGGAACAGUGGCGUUGAGGGAGAUUAGGAAGUACCAGAAGAGCACUGAGCUUUUGAUUCGAAAGCUUCCAUUCCAGAGGCUUGUGAGAGAAAUCGCUCAGGAUUUCAAGACCGAUCUGAGGUUCCAGAGCUCUGCUGUGGCGGCUCUCCAGGAGGCUGCUGAGGCGUACUUGGUGGGUCUUUUCGAGGAUACCAAUCUAUGUGCUAUUCACGCCAAGAGGGUCACGAUCAUGCCCAAGGACAUUCAGCUUGCAAGGAGGAUUAGGGGUGAGAGGGCUUAGGUUGUCGUCCUACACCUGUUCUGUUGCAAUGGUUUGUGGGUUUUUUUUUUGUGGGUCUGGUUUAUAGGUGGAGUAUUGUAAAUCUUCGUGAUUAGUUCUUAAUGUAGAAGCUUAGGGAUGAUAUGAUGUUUUUUUGCUUUUAAUCAAUGGAAAUUUAUGUUUCCUAUUUUUUUAGACUGAAAUUUUUCUUUCAGAUUCUGUGUGUGCGGAUGUGGAUGUGGGUAUGUUUAUGUAUGUAAAGAUUCCAUUAGUCCUAUUUUGAUGCAUUUAGAUCCCACCGAGGGAAUAACAGAAUGUAAACAUCAAUGCUAUUUAUUUGCUUACUUUCCA